CUGGACUCUGGCAUAUCUGCCUAUCUUCGUCAGUCCACAUUGCCUGCUCUUCCUUUUCCUUACCGAACACCAAUACAUCCACAUCAGCUUAAAACGUCCCUUUUAUAGCUAUAUAAGCAUAGAGCUAUACUCCAUAUCAAACAGACUACCUUUAUCGAUUAUUUAUCACUUUUACUUCUUGCCUUAUAUAUACAAUACACAUGAUGUCGGGAUCCAAGUAUUCGCGGUCUGGGACCAACACCCACCCGAACGGAAAGACCGAGAAGGGGACACUCUCGCUCACAGCCCCAUCCGACAAGGGGGAAUGGAAUACGAAGGAUGUGGGAAGACAGGAUAACGAGAGCGUUGAACUCUCCGGAGAGAAGGGCAACAGCCCACAAAAAGGCCAAUCUAACGGCCAACACAAGAAGGGAAAGGGCAAAUGGCAAAACGUGCCUGUAUCCGGAGUCACAAAUCCGGUGACUCCACAUAACGCCUGGUCGGUCAUCCCAGAGCCAGAGCAGGCAAAUAUUCUCAAGGAUUUGGAGGCAUUAUGCCAUUCGACGAACCCACACAUUGCUCGAAUGCGCCACUGGAAUGCCUCUCAAGGGCAUGAAAUCAGCCCGGCUCGGCGAUCGGUCGUCGCCAUCGAUUGUGAAAUGGUCCAGGUGGGCCGUGGCCAGAAUGAGGUAGUCCAGGUCUGCGCCGUGGAUGUACUAUCCGGGGAGAUAGUGGUCGACAAGGGUGUCAUUCCGACGGGGCCUGUUACAGAUUGGUGUACACCGUGGAGUGGGAUGACACCAAGCCGCUUGGAAAAUAUGAAAAGGAAAGGGAAGACAGUGAACGGCUGGGAGGAAGCGCGGGCGGAAGUCCUCAAAUUUGUAGAUGGUGAAACCAUCUUGGUUGGGCAUGCGCUUAAGAAUGAUACGCGUGCUUUGGGGAUGAAUCACGCGAAGGUCUUGGACACCGCUACUGUUACAAAGCAUGCGGUGUCCAAGGAAAUGGUGGGAUCUGGCUGCAACCGCACUUGGAAGUUGAAGACCUUGUGUCUAGAUUUCCUGGGAAUAAAUAUCCAGCAAUCCAGGAACGGACACGACUGUGUCGAAGAUACGCUUGCGACUAGAGAAGUGUUGCUUUGGUGUGUCCGCAACCCGGACAAACUUAAGGAAUGGGCGACGGGGCAAAGUGCUGCAGUACGAGCAGUAUCAAGCUCCUGCUCCUCCCAGGAAAGGGAGGAGAGUAUACCGUUCGAAAGUGUUGAAGAUUGGUUGUAACACUGUUAUAGAAAUUUGGUGCAUUGGCAUAUUGCUUUGUUUAAUGCUAUUCUGGAAAUGUUAAAAUUGUUGGAGGAUGGGAACUUACUGUUAUACCAUAUCGUCUAUCUUGACAUUUGUG